UUAACAUGGUUGAUAAUAUCGAUCGCUUAGUUAUCGAUCGUAGAAACAGAGACGUAGACGCCAUCACGUCACUCAUUCAUUGAACAUUGAACCACAUUGAACAUCAUCGUUUAAUUAAUACGCGAGAAGAUAUUUAUCGUCCUAGGUAAAUUAUUAGAGUAUCUUUUUGAUACGAGUGUUUCGCAGCGUUUUCUCGAAGUUACAAUCAAAGCAGAAAUGGCAUCACAAGAUAUAGUAUCCGCUAGUCAGUUACCUGACACUCAGAAUAUAGAUCUGUUAACACAAUCACAAGACACUACAAGCACACAACUUACUUUAAAAACGUGGGGACAAUUACAUCCCCUGCGAUCAUCUUUGAAAGGUUUAGACAUGAUGAGAGAUGGUAAAAAUAAUGGUUAUACCUUAGGACGAUCUGAGCAUUGUGAUAUUCACAUUUGCACAGAUCACGUCAAUCUGAAAUGGUUGAAUGUGAUCAGUAAAGUGCACUUUAGUAUAUAUAGAGAUAAGAUAAACAAUACAAAUGAAACUGUAGUGUAUCUUGAAGAUAAAAGCCAGAAUGGAACAUUUGUCAACAAAGUAAAAGUUGGUCGCGGAAAUCGCGUUAUAAUUGAAAAUAAAGCUGAGAUAGCUCUGGCAAAAGAAACAUUUUCAGUUUAUAUAUUUAUAAAUACAUUGCUGGAUGAUUCUCUUGAGUUACCAUUAAAAUUGAAACAAAAAUAUACACUUGGUCGUAAACUAGGAUCUGGUGCUUAUGGUGAAGUGAGAAUGAUAUUCACAAAAGAUGGUUCUAAACAAUUUGCUAUAAAAAUUAUUCAGAAGCCAACUAUCAUUUCUACUGGAAAUCCAUUUCAUUGUCCAGAAAAAAUUUGGAAUGAGGGUGAAAUAUUAAAACAAUUAAGACAUCCUUGUAUAAUCCAUAUGGAGGACAUAUAUGAUUCUCCAACAACAUUGUAUAUUAUUCUUGAAUUAAUGAUGGGUGGAGAACUUUAUGAACGAAUAAAAAACAAAGGUAAAUUGUCGGAACCAUGUGCGAAACUAAUAUUCUAUCAAGUUGUACUUGCUGUUUAUUAUCUUCACAAAAAUGGUAUUACACACAGAGACUUGAAGCCAGAAAAUAUACUUCUAAAGAGUAAUUCUGAUAAGACUUUAGUCAAAGUUUCUGAUUUUGGCAUGUCUAAAUUAGUAAGUGCCCAGUCUGCGAUGAAAACUUUUUGUGGAACUCUUAUGUAUGUUGCUCCUGAAAUUUUGAAGACUUUUGGACGUGAAACAUACACAAACCAAGUUGAUGUGUGGAGUUUAGGAGUCAUACUGUACAUUUGUUUAAGUGGCAUUUGUCCUUUUAAUCCUAAUAGAGAGGACGUAACUUUAGAAGUACAAAUAAUGCAAGGACUUUAUAAGUUGCCAGAUUCACACUUUGGUAAUAUAACAUCCACUGCGAAAGAAUUGAUUAAACGUAUGUUAACGGUAGAUCCGAAAAAACGUAUAACAGUGAAACAGAUUUUGUUACAUCCGUGGCUGAAAGACGCGCAUAUGCGAGAAGAAGUACAAAUAUUGAUCAAAGGAAAUAAAUGCAUGGAAAACGAUGAGAAUACGCCGCCUUUCAAUAUCUUUAAACGUGCGCGAAACACUUAACGCGUAAAAAGACAAUUUUGACAGAAAGUAUGGAAAUAUUUU